AUAAUGUUGAUUUGUGAAUAUCUGAUUAUGAUCAGAUCUGAUUUUAUCAGAUCAAUUGAUUUUGAUCAGAUCUGAUUUUGUAAGAUCUUAAUUGAUCUGAUAAAAUCAGAUCUGAUAUGCUAUUGGAUGUUUUAGGAAAUUAGAUCAAAUAAAAUCAUCCCUUGAUUAUCAAAUCUGCUAGAAUCAAGGGAUCAGAUAGCUAGUUUGUUUGUUUGUUUCUACUAUAAAUUUGUACCCUUACAGAUGAAUAAAGUAUGCAACUUUGGUACCAAAACUUUCAUGGUAUCAGAGCAGCUUUAUUCUUGUGUUGCUCAUGACUAAAACAACAUUUACUGGGCAACGUCACCCAGCAGCAUCAACAGAAGCUGAGAAUUCUGUUAACAAAGUUCCGACCGAGACAACUAUGAACCAAGGCGGAGAUUCCUCUCAUUUGUCUUUUCAGCUUACUUCUCACAAGCUGAAUGGCAAGAAUUAUUUGGAAUGGGCGCAGUCUGUUCGUUUGGCUAUUGAUGGUCGAGGAAAACUUGGGCACCUAACUGGAGAGACAAAAAAGCCUAAACCAGGAGACCCAAAAAUGAAUGCCUGGAGAUCAGAAAACUCAAUGGUAAUUGCUUGGCUACUAAACUCCAUGGAAGCUGCCAUAGGACAAGGUCUCGGGGAGGACGAUUGGCAAUGCUAGAGAGUCCGAAGGUCUCUAUUUUCUUGAAGAUGGUGACAAAUCAGCAAAUUUUAGUUCAACUUGUUUGAAUUCUGUUCUAGUUGAUAAUAAAGUCAUGUUAUGGCACUAUAGACUUGGUCAUCCUAGUUUUCAUUAUUUGAAACUCUUGUUACCUCAGUUAUUUAUGAAUAAAAGUCCAUCUUCUUUCCAGUGUGAAUUUUGUGAAAUGGCUAAACACCGACGCUCAUCUUUUUCUUCCCAAAAAUACCAUGCCACAAAACCCUUCAAGUUAAUCCAUAGCGAUGUUUGGGGACCUUCUAGAGUAGCAACUGUAAAUGGAAAAAGGUGGUUUGUGAGUUUCAUAGAUGAUCACACUAGACUAAGUUGGGUGUACCUAUUGAAAGACAAAAGGGAAGUAAAACAUAUGUUUGAGGCUUUUUAUGUUAUGGUUGAGACACAAUUUAAUGAGAAGAUUCAAAUAUUUCGGAGUGAUAAUGGGAGAGAGUUUUUUAAUGACCAGCUAGGCAAUUUUUUCACUUCCAAGGGAAUAGUGCACCAAAGUUCUUGUCCUGAUACACCCCAGCAAAAUGGAAUAGCCGAGAGAAAAAAUAGGCAUCUUAUGGAAGUAACCAGAGCCUUAUUAUUCACAAGUGGAGUCCCUAAAUUUCUUUGGGGAGAAGCUAUUUUGACAGCCACCUAUCUUAUUAAUAGGAUGCCUUCCCGUGUUCUAGAUUUUAAAACCCCUUUCAGUAUGUUCAAGACAUACUUUCCUGCUUCUAGAUUGACUGCUGAUCUAGCUUUGAG